UUUGAAUCACUUUCCCACCUUGUGUAGAGCACGCUUCCAUGGCGUCCUCAUCGUCACGAUCGUUGGCCUCUUCCUACACCUUCGAUGAUAAAGAUCUAGACGACGCUGAUCUCUGGGCGGUGAUCGAUUCCGCCGCCGCUGCUCUCGCUCAGAACACUACCACCACCUCCUCCUCCACCGUCGUCGGGAAAUCUCCGAAACCACUCGCUGUUAGGUAUCCGAACUUCAAUUCUCCUCCGACGCCUGUUUCCUACGCUCCUCCGCCGUCGAAGCUUCUCCAGGCCACGAAUCAUAGCCCUAGCGUUAAUCGGCGGUCAUACGAGGAGUCGCCGCGUCCGAGCAAAAUCGCCAGAUCUCGCGUCUUCUCUGAGGUGAACAGAGAGAGUAGUCCGAUGGCUCUCGUUACGACGUCGCAUCGGAGUUCGAAUCCGAUUAUCCAUUCUACGAAGUUUUCUCCGAACAAUGCGGCUAGAUCUAGCGUCUUCUCUGAGGUGAACGGCGAGAGUCCGAUGGCUCUCGUUACGACGACGAACCGUAAUUUGACUCCGGUUAACCACUCGACGAAGUUUUCUUCGCCGGAGAGUUACUUGUCGCCUGGGAUCAGGAAGUCUACGUCCUUUUCGGAGGUUUCUCCACCGUCAAGCUGCGUUAAGAACGAUCCGGUGAACGAGAUGCGGCAUAGUUUGUCAGGGAGCUUUCCUUCUGCUACUCUGUUUAAGGAGUACCAGAAUACAGCUAUGGCGAUUCUAGAGAAGUCUGAUUACACGAUGAUAUCUGGGAAAGCAUACAUUAAGAAGUCAGGUUGGAGGAAGAUAUCGUUUUACUUCAAUGUGUCUUACGAAAUAAGGGACAAGAACAUUGAGUUUGAUGAAAACAGAAACGUCCAGCGUGCUGAGUUCAUUGUUCGAGCUAUAAUGCAAGGAGGAAGAUUCGCUGAUGGAUGGGGCUCUUGUGAGCGACGUGAGAAGAAGUUUCUAAAACCGAAUCAUGAUAUUCCCAGUACUGCAGAGACCAGAGCCAAAAACAGAGCUUGCCAGGAUCUUCUAGGAAUCGGUGAAUAUCGUGAAAGCCCAACUGGGUUUCCACGAUGAUCAGACGUCAUCAAAUGUGUUUCCCGACUUCAUCACUACCAAGCUAAACAACCAAAU